AUAAAAACGUCAUCUCUGUGGGCAGGCACGCUUGCGUCCUCUGACGUCAUCUGAAGUUGCCGGAAAAGGCGAUCGGUCGUCUGGACGGAGAAAGAUGGCCGGAUUACUGAAGAAGACCACGGGCCUGGUGGGUCUGGCCGUGUCGCAGAACCCUCAUGAGCGUCUGAGGAUCCUCUACUCCAAGAUCCUGGCGUCGCUGCAGAGCAUGCCGCAGGACGCCGCCUACAGGAAGUACACGGAGCAGCUGGUGACACAGCGCUUUGACCACGUGAAAACGGAACCAGACGUGGAGAAGCUGGAGAAGAAGAUCAACGGGGGGCAGAUCGAAGAGGUCAUCUUCCAGGCUGAGUGUGAGCUGGCUCUGUCCAGGAAGAUGGCGGACUGGAAGCCGUGGGAGCCGCUGGUGGAGGAGGCUCCACCCAACCAGUGGAAGUGGCCCGUCUGAUUGGUUCUGUUCUGGGGGGGGGGGGGUUCUAAUAAAGAAAAGUCCAGCAAACCU